AUGAACAACUACAACGAAGGCAACAACAACAGCAACGAUGAAAUCAUCAACUACAGCAACAACAUUCCAACAAUUGCAAUUGAAACAGCCUUCAAAAAUUUGGAUGCAGUGAGAGAAGAUAAUGACGUCAACAACUCCAACAGCAAUCCCAAUGACAACAACAACAAUAACAUCUUAGAAGAUCGCCCGAUUUUUUUCACGCCGAACCACCGGGCUGCCAAACUUACCCCAGGACAAAAUUUCGAUAAGGGGGUGGACUACCUAGGUGCACCCGCCGUGAAAGGAAUCGUAGAAAAAAAGAACGAAAAUGAUAAAACGGACGUAUACAUACGAGUGGUUCUAUCGAAGGUAACUGAGAUAGAUGUGAUAGAGUCGAGUUUCAGUGCCGAGUUUUACGUGCAAUCCAGGUGGAGGGAGGCGAAACUUGACCAACAGAACAAGAUUAACAAGACUGCAAUCAAGUGGGACGACUUCUGGAAUCCACGCCUCCAAAUCGAGAACGUUGAUGGGGCCAUUACCGGCAAAAAAAGAAAAACUAUCGAGGCCCUGAAACGAGGGAAAAAUUGGAAAAAUUUCGAAGAUCCGAUCAAGGAAAAGCAAUGGAAGACUGUCGAGUUCAGCGGCGAAAACGAGGCUUUCAUAUACGAAAGACGCAAAAUAAAAGGCAGAUUUCAGGCCGAUAUGAAACUCAAAUACUUCCCAUUCGAUAUGCAGAAAAUAUUUCUAACAGUUGGAUCGGAAAGAUCAGAGGAUGAGGUUAGGUUGUUGGCGGAUUGCUCGCACAAAAUGCCUCCAUUUGCUGUUGGUUGCUCACCUGACGCAGUAUAUUGGAGGUUCAAGGAGAAGAGGAGAAGGAAUAGAUACCUAAGGUGGUUGUACAGAGAUGAUUACGACUGCGAGUAUGAUUUCUACAGCAACAACAAUGACAACAACACGGUUAAUGUGAAUAAAGUUUAUAGCAAUGAUGACGUCGAUGAAUUUGACGACGACGAUGAUGAUGAGUUUUCAAAAGCAGAAAAAGCUUCAGCAGGACCACUAGCGACAGCAAAAACCGAUUCUGAUAACAAAACCGAAUUAGAAUAUUUGAAAAUUAGAGUUGAUAUCGAAGAGGACGAGUCGCAGAAGUCCCUCGCGUUCGUGUGCUACCUAGAGAGGAAACCGAAUUUCUUUCUUUACAACAUCUUUCUCGUCCUGGUUAGGGUUUUAAAAAAAAAAUAA